GGCGCGCGGCGCCGCGUCCGCGUGAACCGCGCGCGUCGACGCCUUCGGCCUUCGACGGGGAGGCAGAGGCCCUCGAGCAGGAAGCGGCAGUAGUCGUGUACUCGUGCGUGCGGGGCCGUUUGCCGCGGCCGGCAAGGUGCAGCGCCCCGAGGAGGCCGCAGCGCGAACGGGCGCGGAGGAACGCCGCGGCGCAGCGCUAGUAAUGGUGUCGCCGACUCUCUUCCUCCCGGUCCACUGGUGCCGGCUUCCGGCCGCCACACGGCGCGUCGAGUUCAACACGCGGUCGGGCACCUUCCCGCACAUGCCGCGCCGCCGCCAUCCGCUUGGCGCUGAUGAAGACCGCGCGUGGCGUGGUCACCACGACGCGUACGCCGACGGGCAGGCCAUCGUACGUGGGCCUUGCAGCGGGCCGCGACGCCGUUCACAGCGAGCACCGCCAGGAGUCGCGGGAUUUUUUUUUUUUCAUUUCCCCUCUCUUACUAGUAGUACUAAUUUCUUGCAUUGCAACUUGCAAGCCCCUCCCUUUCCCAUCCCCACCAAAUGGUAGUUUAAAUUGUUUCGCCACGGCCAUCGCAGGGUGGGAGGCGCAACGCAAGCGCGAUGGGCUACGGCUUCUCCACCAAGCUCACGGCCUUCUUCUGGCCAUGGCGCUUCUCGCCGUGGCGCUUCUCGCCGCCGCCCUCCACGCCGAUGCCGCGCCCGCAUCUGCCGCCCCCGGGAGCUCCUUCCCCGACGCCUAUGGCGACCGCGCCCGCGCUGCACAACUUCCCCCACGCAAGCAGCAGCCGCAGGUCGCCUACGCUCUGCGACGGGCUUCCGCUACCUCAUCGGCACAUCUCCACGGCGCCACCUCCCGGUCCUUCACCGGCGUCGCCACCGAAGACCAUUGUCAAGCUCGCAUCAUCUAUUGGCACGGUGGUCCCUGUGGCUUUAUCUAUAGUACCAUAUUUCUACCAAGUCUACACAGGAAAUUUUGAGAGGACAAUAGAAGUGUAUGGUGCCCCCGCCAUGUUGGCUGGAUCAAUUAACAGCAUAAUUUGGUUGACGUAUUCAAUAAUGGCCAGCAAAAAGGAUCUUAACCUUGCUCUUAUCCUGAUGCAUGCAUUACUUUGCAUGUCGACAUUCACUUACUUGAUGUGUAUCUGUGCUUGUAAAAGAGCCACUAAAGAGGGUUAUAUUCUUGGAGCCUUUUUCAUAGGAUGCUUAUCAGCCAUAUCCAUUGUUGUGCACUGGGACUUAAACCCAUCGAAGGUUGUGAAGAUUAUAUUCAGAUGUUUUGGUGGAAUUAGUUUGCUGUCUUGCCACUAUAUUCUGCUGAAUGAUAUUUUGGGGAGUGUUCCCAAAAGAUCUCAGAAAGUUGCUACUGGAUUUGACCUUAUUCUAAGUUGUAUAACGAACUUGGUGACUUUCAUCAUAACUUUUCAUGAUCAUCCUGAGCACACUACUUCUCUGAUCACUUCUGGAGUAGGGUUUGUCCUCAAUGUUGUGGAGAUCGUACUUCUUGUCAUAGUAACAAUUAUGGGCUACUUCUUUCCAUUGUCUGAGCAUCCAGAUGCUGAUGUUGAAGCGUCACGUCACAUAUCAGCCACAAGAGUUACUGGUGUAGGCAUGAUACCACUUGAAGAUGCACUAGGAACCCCUGAAACUGAUGAUUUUAUAGCUGUACUCACUCAUGAGCCCCAGGUGCCCCAGUUCGAGGUCUCUUACCUGAUUUUGCAAGUGAGGAAUGAGUUUGAAAUUUACUCUCUUAGAUCCAUGGUGAAUCCCAAUGUACAAAUUAUUACUCGAGUGCUAUUUGUAGAAGUAAUUCAAAGGACAAUGAUGCGGAUUGAGCGUGACCACUACAUUCAAAUUCUUUUACAAGCCUCGGGGAUAGCUGCUGCAGAACCAUACCCAUUGAUGCUUAGGGAUGUUGAAAUUCACUACCAGACCAUCCGUAAUCAGCAUGAAGCUCUCCCGUAAUAGAGCUGCAACACUGGCAUGCACUUCUUCUCAGUCCGGUGCCAAGGCACAGAAACUUGAGGCGAAGAGAUAUGACAACUGAUUGAACUGAGUUGAGCGUAUAGGAGUGGAGAUGUGACGACAGAAUUCAGAAGAGAGAUGUGUUCUCCGUUUGGAUGUUGCAGUAGUAUGCUUGUACGGUUCUACCACAUACUACUCCGUAUUGUAGUAGUAUGUCCUCACAAAUGAGCCCUUCUAAACGUCCUCAAUGUGACCUGGCGUGUCCAUAAUGAGUCAGGACACGAUAAGCAAUCAGAUCACCUGCACCGAUGCAUUGCACAGGCACAGCUCCAAAGAAUAUAUUAGUUGUCCUCCGUUUCAUUUGGAUUCUCCGCAAGGGGAUCGCACAUUGAGAUGAACGUGGAUUGUCCGUACUACUCGUCGGCGCGAGCGCGACGCCUCCUCCCUCCUCCGCGCCAUCUCCCGUCGCACCAGGUCAGGAGCCUGACGCGUCGCCGUCGAUCCGCGGGAGGAAGAGAGGCGGCAGCGUACCACUACUAGUCUACUACCGCUGCGCUGCCGUCCUCGACGUCGACACCGCGCGCGCGCAAGCAGGUGAGACGCCGCUGCUCCUGGUGGCCACGUUCGGCCACACCGCGAGACGCGGCGGCCGGCCUACCUACCUCCUGGAGCGCGCCGCCGGCCCGUCCACGCCUGACCCCGACGUACGGCGGCGACAUCACAACGCCGCCGCCGCCUCCUGUCUCGCUCUCCAGGCGGUGAGCCACGGCGCGCCAUAAGCCAGCGUGCUCAGCGCCGGCCCCUUGGUUCCCCGCGAACAAUCCUGACCCCACGGCGAGUCGGCGACGUCGACGGAUACUGAGAGUGCAUCCACCCCCGUCAGCCACAGCUGCCUCGGUGUCCACCAGCCUAGCAAGCAAGCCAUGUCGCCCAUGGCCAUGCCGGCUGCCAAUCUGCCCGGCGCCCCACGGCGCGUCGUCAGCGAGUCGGCGGCUCGGCGCCGUGCUGGCUUGGGCAUGGGCUGUCGGACCAGAGAGAACGGUUUGCAUAAUUGCAUUGUCGUGUACUCGUUCGUAUCGGGUGAGAAUGUCACCAAUGGAAGCGUAAAGAGAGCAAGUACGUUUUCUUCUUCAGAAUUCGCCUAGAUUCGUCCGUUCGUUUUCUUUGAGUGUGCUUGUUCAGUUGUAUAUCCUCCUUUCUACAUGGCUACAUCUGUAAAUGCAAAGUACUCCUACAUGGAACUAGUAUGGAUGGAACUGCUGCCCCAUCCUUGAUUCCUGGAGUC